AUUCUCACAAUGAGUUAAAGAGAGAAUUUGCAGAGGAAAAGAACUCUCAUGAUGAGUUAAGGAGAGAAUUUAUAACAGAGAAGGAUUCUCACAAUGAGUUAAAGAGAGAAUUUGCAGAGGAAAAGAACUCUCAUGAUGAGUUAAGAAAUAUUUCGAUUCCACAAAUAAACGUAACACUAGAGAAAGAAAAGAAUUCCACCAUUGCCUUAAACGAAAAGCUCAAGUCAUUAAUUAAAGGUAAUUCUAAAUUUUGUAGAAUAUUAGUUUUAAUUUCACAAAAGGGGUUUGAAUUAUUUUUAUGACUGUUUUCUAAAAGUAUAGGAUCAUUUUGACAGCUCAAAUAUACAAAAUAAAAAUAGACUAUAUAAAAAUAAACCUCAUCAAUUUUGAUCUACAAAAUAUUAUUUAUCUUUUAUUUUAAAAUAAACUUUAAAAAGUUGAUUGAAAUAGUAAAUAAAAAAAUUAAACUUAUUAUGAGUAAAAUCGAAAAUAGUUUUAAAAUAGUUACGUUUUAAACUAGUUAAGUUUUAAAAUAUAUAAGUGUUAAAAUAGAUCAGUUUUAAAAUAGAUAAGUUUUAAAAUCGUUAAGUUUUAAACUUAACCAUUUUAAAACUUAAAUAUUUUAAGAAAAAUGAAACUAACGAUUUUUUUUUCGAACUUAGGUUUCGAAAUUAUUUCAUCCCCAUUACUACAAAUUCCACAAAUUUAAAUUGAAAUUUAUCUUUUAAAAAUAAUCAUUUGAAACUUCAAUCCUAUUGAAUAAUGAAUGUUGUUUUCUGUCUUCAUUUUCAUAUACCAAAGAAAAAGAAGAUCUUAAAGUGGAAGUAAAGCUUUUAAAGGAAGAACCAGGUAAUAUAUAUGUAGUUUUUUUAACAUACUCCCUAAUCUGAGUUUGUUCAAGUUUUUUAUUAUAAUUGAAUCAACUUCAACCAUUUGAUUAGUCUGCAUCAGUCAAAUAUUGAAAGUCGAUUUGAUUAUGUCCACUAGUUUAUUUAAUUUAUUUAUAAUCAACGCGCUUAUCAGUGCUGCUGAGGCUGCCACAUAGAAACCUGUAGUGAACCCCUUCAAACCUUUUUAAAAUCAUCUUUAAUAUUUUUAUAAAGCAUGCGCCAAAAGAAACGUACAUGAAUCUUUCACAUCUUGAUAGCGUCUGUGAAAUUGUGAACGGUGCAUAACAUUAGUCGCUGCGCGGUCCCAGAAGUAAAAAAGCAUAUAUUUUUCCAUUUGUAGCUAGUUUGAAAUAAGUCUCCACAAGAAUAAAUAAAGGAUUCAUAGUUCAUCCUAAAUUUCACUUAUAUAUACAUUGUCGCGAAUGGGGACUGAGUUGAAAAGGGUGAUAGAGCAAUUCAGAUAGAGAUUAUUAAGACGCUACAAAUUGACACAGUUGUUCUGUCUGUUUUGAAAUUUCGCAAAUAUUGAAGUGUAUUGUAUCAACAGGAAUGGGAAGCUUCAUUGGCCAGUACUGGUUUCCACAGACGAGAAUCACGAACAUUCUUUCCUAAAAAGCCUAAGACGUCCAUCUUGGAAACAGAACAUAAUUUGUACCCCUGUUAGCCAAUUUGUUUAAAGGACCAAUGAACAUUUUUGUUCCGUACAACUUUUGACUGAGUCAGAUACACGAGGAAGUAUGAUAUAUUUUAGACAGCAUUUUUACACAAAGUGUACGAGGUUUCCAGAUUUUUGUAGGAACAUUUGGUUUUCGAACGAAGCUUACAUUCACUUCACUUACUUGUCGGUAACACUUCCACUUCCAAUGACAGAGAACGUUUACAGAACGACAAAUGUUCGUAACAAAAUCACGCAUAUCUAUGAAACAUUGAGCAAUUUUUUUUUUCUUUUUAAAAACACCUGGACAUUAUUAUUCCUCCUUUGUAAAAGUUGAUCCAGAUUCAGGACCACAUGAAUAAUAUUUCAUAUGUUGAGAAACCGAUUUCUAACUCCAACUGCCCAACAUACACUCUUUUUGCCUUCUGGGAACGCGUGGCGACUGGAGCUAUGCACCGUUGAAACAAACCCCCGGGCGUGUUCAAAAUGCGAGAGUUUCAGUUCUGCUACCUUUGGUGACACUGUACUGUUGGAAGGAAAAUAAGAAAAUUACGUCAUAAGUAGUAGGUCAUUUUAUCCUCAUGCCAGCAAUUUCUAUUAGCUUUUGUGAAGGUAAAUUUGACGCGCUCUCCUUUGGCCUCGGUUUUACAUUAGUUUGUCUCCCUCUCCCCAUAGCCACCAGCCGUUGCUUGCAAGGUGUAUGUAUAAGAAUUAAAACGCGAAAAUAAUCUCUAAAUUAAGCAAUAUUUGUAAUUAAUUAAACGGUCUGAUUGUUCUACUUUAUCUUAACCUUUGAACUAUCCCUGUGCAAUCACGGAGUCAAUAACAAAGUACCUUAUUAAUGGCUAUCCAGACUAAAAGAGUUGUAAAUUAGUCAUUUAUUUCAAAGGCAAUUUAAUUGUCUUUCUUGACAUAAUUUCCAAUGAUGUGUAUUUCUUAAACAUUCGUAUAUCCACUAAGGAUUUUCUUAAAAUAAACCUUGCACAUCAUCAUACGGAUAGUAAUGUGUUGUGUCCCUUAAGCCAGUGGUCCCCAAACUUUUUAUCGCCGCGGACUGGUCAACGUUUGAUAAUUUUACCGUGGCCUCCUGACGUGUUGGAGGUGUUGAUUCUUUAUAUUUUGGAUUGUUUUGUUUGAUUAUUUUUAUUUAAUUGUACUUAAACAUGCCUUCAAAAUAAAAUACAGUUACAUCAAAAAUUAUUAUAAACUGAUUGAUCAUUUUAACUCACUAUAAAGCUAAAUCAAUGAGAACUCUGAGCUUGUUUUUCUGCCACGAGAUGGUUCGAUCUUGGGGUCAUAGGAGUCAAUGACACCCGAAGUGUGUUGUUUAUGUCCAGUUUAUUCCGUAGUUUUGUUUUGGUUGCUGUCACUGCAGAAAACCCCGCUUCACACGGAUAGGAUGUCGGAAAUGGCAAUAGGGAUUUAAGUGCUGUUGUGGCAAUCUCAUGGUAUUCCGCCAUUGAUAUUUUAAUUCACUAUUAAGAUACCAUAUAAAGAAGAAUUAAGUGCCCGCUGUGACUGCCCUCUUUGCCCUAUUCUCAUUGGCUCUACCCGAGAGCAACAUGGGCACCCAGAGCGAUGCAUAAUAUGGGGACCACUGGGCUGGCCGAAUUGUCGGCAGUAUAAACAUGCGACUCAUUAAAAAAGAAUAUAUUGAUUCUGUGACGUCGCAAUUAUUCAUUAAAUCGUUUGAUGUCUUUGGUGUUUUUUAUAGGGAUGGGGGCUAAAAGCUAAUUGUACGUACAAGUUUGGGGGAGGGGGGAGAGUGUCCCCCCACCCAAAAAAAAAAAUCAAGCACAACAACACCACCCCCACCCCAGCCGCCUGUAUGGUUCCGGUCGCUGUGAGCCCCUGUGUCCUUACGUCCUUACUAAUCAUCCAGAAGAUCUGGCAAUCUUAUAAAAUGAAAAUAAUUUAAUGUUUCUUGGGCGGCCCGGUACCAUUUGAUCCACGGAUCGGUACCGGUCUGCGGCCCGGUGUUUGGGGACCACAGCUUUAAGCCACAUCAUAUAUUAUGGUCAUGAAAAGCAUGCACAAAAUAGACGCUAUCUUCAAAUUUAUACUCCAAUCUUAAAGCGAUUUAUGGCCUCGUUUCAUCAAAAUAAUCCCCAUUUCAGAAUGCUGAUGAGAAAUUGAAUAACCUUAAGAGGCUACGUGCCAGUUCCAAGGUCCUAAAAGACAUCAUCAAGGAUUUCCCUGACUGUGCCUAAACGUUCGAUCAGACGCGGUACGCAUCGCUGUGUUACCAAUUUCGCCAAAUCCUGCAUAAACUUCGAUCUCAACAUUAAAACACAAAGAAAACUUAGGCCCUUUUACCAGCCAGCUCCUGAAAAUUCCUUAUUCUGAACACAUCUAAGACGAGUUUAACCUGUGUAUUGUAAAAGCGCGUGCAACCUAUAGCAAAUUGUCAAUAAUGUAUGGAUCAGAAGAGGUAUCACCAUUAAAACUAUAAUAAAAGUGUGUAUGAGGUGGAUGCACGCCUUUCCUUUCUCUAGGCCAGUGAAACGUGGACCGUCUAUCAAACCCAUCCAAGAAGUUUGAACCACUUUCAUAAGACAGUCCCAAAAAAAAUUCCCGAGAUCAAAUGUCAAGACAGGCUCCCAGACACUGAGGUACUCACACAAGCAUGUCUCCCAGAACAUCUUUACCAUUUUAAUGCAGUCCCAGCUUGACUAGGGAGGACAGACGGCCGCUUUCACAGAAUAGUGUUCUGUGGUAAGCUCAAAUUUGGAAAGCGUUUAGCUGGUGGGUAGAAGAAGCUCUUUAAAGACAACUUAAAACCCUCAUUGAAAGCAUUCGAUAUAGAACCGGACAAUGGAAAUAUUCGGCAUAUGACUGAACAUUGCGACGUUCCUCUACAGAGAUGCUCCAUACAAUUUAAAAGUCAAUGAACAGAAACGGUAGAGAACAAAAGACAUGUGAGAAAAUUUCAGGUUAGCUAUUUACCUGGAGAUAUAUCAUCAAUCCCCUGGACUAUUGCACAAGAACAUUUCGUUCCAUAAUCGGUCCAAUCAGCAAUAUGUGCACCCACAGCCGAGUUUAUAACCAGCAAAAAUACACUUAUUAGAGUGGUGAUAUUCGAUUGGACUGAUAAGCUAUAAAUAUUUCAUAGUAGAUUACAUUAGAAAUUGUGUGUAGUUUAUGUUUGAUGUUUUCAAAUCAAUUAUGUUUACAGCAUUACCGACAAGUCUUGGCCAGUUUCUUGAUUCAAACUCAGAUAAAAUGACCUGCUUCGUAUCAGUAAGUAAAUAUUUGUCAAAAAUAAAUACGGUCUUUAAGAAAAAUGUAUCAGUUGAUUAAAAAAAAAUUUCUAAGUAAAUCAGAAAAGGUAAUUAGUUAACUGAUUAAUAUUUCGGAAUCGGACAUAUGAACAGACAUAAAGAUAUAAGGCUUGAAUUAUGUCGAUAAACUGUAAAUGGUUCAAUAGAACAUGAGGAUAUUAUUUCCAAAAUAGUUUAUAGUUUAUCUUUGUGUCGAGUAAUUGUUGCGCACCGAAUGUUGUGUUUCAUUGUGUGCGAUGUGUCUGACUUGUUAGUUUCGUUGAUAAAAGCUCUUGACGUCAUGCUACACAUUAAGUAUUCAUGACAUCAUUUUAUUAUAUGUGACAUAGUUUCUAGACUGCCUUUAAGUAUGUGCUAUUCGUUUGGCAAUGGGAGUCGCUUAGUCACUUCCUUGUUUGGUCACGUGAUAUGAGUAAGUCAUCACUAGGCUGCAACACACAACAAAAGAUACUUCAUCAGUGCUUCCCCAAUGUCAUGUUACUUAAAAAUUUUACCUUUCGUAAUAUUCUGGAAUGCAUACGUUUUUUAAAUGAAAUCCAUAAAUGUGACAAUAAAUAUACGUCAGUUAUGAUUAAAGGAAGAAAGUUAUUUCAAGAAAAAUUUGUGAGCGAUAUUCGAUGGGAACUAUCAAUACUAUUAUCGGCAGGAUGUUGUUGAGCUCCGUGCGUGCUCAUGACGUCAUUUGCGUUUUUAUUCAAUAUUGAUGCAGGAGUCAUUCCCCUUUGUUUAUUUUAUUGUUAAUUUUCAUUGGACGAAAUGUAGUGUAGUUGUAGUGUGUAUCGGGCUACUGUUGUCAAGCACUAGUGUGUUGUAUACAAUAUACCGGAAAUCUUACUCGUUUUUACUCAUAUCACGUGACAAAAUAAUUGACUAAGCGACUCCCAUUAGUGUAUGGCUAUUAUGUGAGAAAGGUGUGAUUCUUUUCCUAUAGCGAGUAGAGCUAUGUGUUUGAAUUAUUGUAUAUUCGGAUGAUAGAUAACGUGGAUUAAUGUUUACGUUCUUCAUGGAAUAAAAAUUGUGUUCAGUUCUUGUGUGAUUAUCAAGUAAGAACUUGUGAAAGAAUGAGACAUGAGAAUAUCACUUGUAGGGACUCGUCACAUUGUUCAGAAUCAAGGUCAGUAGGUUAUAGGUCUUAUUAAUAUUAAUAUUAAUGUAUACUCAUAUUAGUAUCAAAAUAUAACCGCCUAGUGCUAUUUUGAUAAUUUAUAUAAACAUAUUUAAUUUUGAAAAAUAAUUUAGGAGCAGUGGAAUAAGAUGCAUCACAAUGGACUCACUCUGUUGUUCGUUGGUAUAACGGGUGCUGGGAAAAGUGAAACUGGAAACACCAUUUUGGGACGCAGAGCUUUUAAUGCACAUGAUGAAAAUACAACAUUUGAGGACAUCGGCAUUGAAUGUUGUAAAUACAAGGGAAUCAGCUUGAAGUUAGUAGAUGGCCCGGGUUUUCCUGAUUGCGCAACUGGCGACUUAUUUCAACGAUUUAUAUCAAAGAUUGGUGCAACUCUCGGUCAUGGGGUUGAUGUCUUUAUUUUUGUGUGGAAGUAUGGUAGUGGUUUUUCAAUGGAAAAUCGAGAAAUCCUUACGUUGUUAAAAAAAAACUUUGGCUCGGACUUUUUAAGAAACUUUUGUGUUUUUCUGACCACCUAUGGUGAUUAUUAUGAGUUGGAACAUAAAGAAAAAAAAUCAUUUUCAGAAUAUUGUUCUAAUUUAGUAGGACCACAAAAAGAAUUGAUAGAAGAAUGUCGUGGCGCCGUAUUAUUUGACAACAGGACAGGAGACGUCAAUGUAAAAGAAAGGCAAAUGAAAAGUCUUUUGUAUUUAAUAGGUAAAAAAAUAUCACACCGAAGAUCACCAGCUUUCAAGAUCCCCAGUGAAUUUAAAAUAGUUAGUAUUUAGUGAAUGCAAAAGUGAGAGAUUCUGUUGUGAUUACAAAAAUGUUCACACAACUGGGAAGAUCCUCCUGUAACUGUUAGUUUUUCAUGGUUAUCAUCACUUAGACGAGAAGUAGGAUCAAUUGGAAAACAUGACAGCUGGGGAUUGUAAAACAAAUUGAUUGAUUUUUUUAGUAUGAAUUUCCAUUUUAUCAUAUUCUAAGCAAUUGUCUACAAUCGCAGACAUGCAUAUCGAUCAUUUUAUGAAGAAUGCUAAAAUCAAACUUAGAAUAGAUGUCAGUGACCAUGAACUGGUUCCAGGUUUGUUACAAGUAAAAGUAGAUACUAUCCAUGAGAA